GUUUGUUUAGCUGCCAAUCAAAGAACCAUCCCCAGGCUUGUCUUCAGUGCUGAAACGGAUAGCUUUCCUUGCUGUUGAGUGAUUCGAACGGUGGGGGAAAGUCGUGUGUCUGGACCAGCAGUGCGCUCGCUGCCUCGGCUGUCCACUAAUACGCAUCUUAUGUUUCUUUCUCAUUCGGAAAGAGAGUACGGGAAUUGAUCACGCUUUCGUAUCGUGCAUGCCAGAAGACCAGGAUACACUCGCCGGUCAACGGCUGUUUUUAAAAGAUAAAGACAUUUUUCCCUAAUGGUAGCCUACACUAAUCAAACGAAGUCAUGUGGAAUUGUAUGGGGAAUUUGCAUUGCUUCUCAAUAGUAUUUCUGCUGCUGACGUUGUGGACUGAGGUGUCCCAGGCCUCGGGUUAUUUCGAGCUCCAGUUGAUUGCCGUACAGAACGCAAACGGUGAACUGUCGGACGGGGAUUGCUGCGAUGGCGAAAGGAACGCUCAAGAUCUCAGCUGCAACCGGGAUGAAUGUGAUACCUACUUUAGAGUGUGUUUAAAGGAAUACCAAACUGAGGUCACGACCACGGGCUUGUGCACCUACGGAAAGGGAUCUACUAACGUUAUCGGUGGGAAUACCUUUCAACUCAAGAGCGCCAAGAACAACCAAAACCGUAUCAGUGAUGCUGGAAAGAUUGUCAUUGCAUUCGGGUUUGCUUGGCCGAGGGCGUACACUCUGAUAGUGGAGGCGUGGGACUGGGAUAAUAGCACACACAGCAACAGCGAUGAGGACCUGCUUAUUGAGCGGAGCGUCCGCAAAGGGAUGAUCAACCCCGGAGACGAGCGGCAGACCAUCCAGCACAACGGGGCCACGGCCGGCUUCGAGUACAGCAUCCGCGUGCGCUGCGACGACAACUACUACGGCAGCAAGUGCAACAAGCAGUGCAGGCCGCGCGACGACUACUUUGGCCACUACGUGUGCGACCAGUUGGGGAACAGAGGCUGCAUGGAGGGCUGGAUGGGGCCCGACUGCAAGACCGCUAUCUGCAAGCAAGGCUGCAACCUGCUCCACGGAGGGUGCAGCGUCCCUGGAGAGUGCACGUGUAACUAUGGUUGGCAGGGUCUGUUCUGUGACGAGUGCCUGCCGUACCCUGGCUGUGUCCAUGGCACCUGCAACAAGCCCUGGCAGUGUAGCUGUGAGAAGAACUGGGGAGGCCUGCUGUGUAACAAAGACCUGAACUACUGUGGAACGAACCGUCCGUGUAGGAACGGGGGGACGUGUAUGAACACGGAGCCAGACGAGUACAACUGUGCCUGUCCUGACGGCUACUCAGGCAAGAACUGCCAGAUAGCGGAGCACGCCUGCGUAUAACCCUGCGCUAACGGGGGAACCUGCCACGAGGUCCCCUCUGGGUUCGAGUGCCACUGUCCCUCUGGAUGGACGGGGCCUAGCUGUGCUAAAGACACGGACGAGUGUGCCUCUAACCCCUGUGCCCAGGGUGGCACCUGCAUCGACAUGGAGAACGGUUUUGAAUGCCUGUGCCCUCCGCAGUGGGCAGGGAAGACCUGCCAGAUAGGUACGCCAACCCAGCAGUGCUGUAGCUCUGUGACUGACGUGUCCUGGGGUGCAUAACUUUAAACACCGCAUGUUUUUGAAUUGCAUUACGUUUGGACUCAUAUGUCUUUAUUUGUGAAUGUCUGUUUUUACAUUUGUCCCCAGUAGUGAAUGCUGUGUUUUGAUCUCAUGCCAUGAAUUUCUGUGCUUGAGAAGCAUUUUAAUGUUUGUUUACCUCGUCCUGUUUUAGCGAGUGCUAUUACUGUGGAGAGUAGUCGUUUGAAAAGGGGGCUUGCACACUGAGAUAGCUGAAUAUGAUGGCAACCGGAGCCAGGUGACUUGAGUAAAGUUAUAAAUAACACCCAGCCUGGCAACUGCUGGUCUUGGGAGCAAAUAUACCCAGACAGGGGGGUUAUCUUUGGCUGCAGACUGAGGUAAAAGGGGUAUGUUUUCCACACAGGACCCCACCCCACUAAAGGGCGGUUCAGAGUAAAUGGUUUUCUAACCUGUGAACAUGCUAAGGCAAGGAGACAAUACUCUGGGCCUUGAGUUACGGAGUCCGUUAUCCUCAGAUACACGGUUCCCCUUU